AUGGGCGACGUCUUCAGCAGCGUUCUUGGUGUAAUUGUAGGCUGUCGAGAUCCCACCGUCUCUUUGGCUGAGCCAACAAGAUCAUUAAGAGGAUCCAAUGAUCCGACAGUGAGAGAGGAACAAAGGAUGGUGAUAAGGAGAGUAAGAAGGAAGAGAGAUGAGAUUGUUAUUGGAGAUGUUGAGAAUGUAUACAUGGUGUCUGAAAUUAUUCUCUGA